AUGGAACGGAACCUUAUUUGCCUUCGCCUCAGUAGCCGCUUUUGCUUAUGGUCAAAGGGGUAUGCCGCUAUGCUACACCGAAGUAUGCUCCUAGAAGCUAAGCUGCAGGAUCAAUGGCUUAAACUACUGCUUCUUCAACGCUUCUCCUGCGACUUGUUCUCCUUUCGUCCUUGCUCCUGCACGCACCUAAAGGAGGAAGGUAGAGCAAUAGACGGAAUGAGUCUUAGUUUCAAUAUCCCCCGCUCUUGUUGUACUGUUCAUGGCAUGGAAUCCGCAUGGAAGGCUCUCGACCGGGUCGUGGCAUUGCUCUGGAGUGGAGCCGGGGAAGGAGCGAAGGGCAGAGGAUUUAGCUUUGGCUUUGGUUCGGUUGACCGUAUGACUAUAGUUUAUAUGGGCAAGGAAGGUCUCUACAACAAAGAGAUAUGCCAAUUAGCGGCACACUUACUAUAA